UACAGAAGAGAACAUAUAUGGAAAGAAUGACAACGUUACCUGAACAUAACAUAGAAACUGAUCGGAUUCUCACCAUGCAUACACAUUAGCUUUCGAAAUUAUUACAUAAUAAUAAUAAUAAAUCUAGAUUAUAUAUCACGUAGGUUGAGAUGAAUUUGUAUUCGUAUUUCAUUCAUUCACGGCCACUGCAAACAUUUCUCCAAGCGGAACAAGGCGAUCGUAUCUAUCUUCUGUGGCUGCGCACCUGACCCCACCUGGCAGAGUCAGAGGAGAGCUGCUCCUCCGCUGACCAAACCGCUCUGCUCCGAUCAGCAUGGCUCCGCGGCCGCCGCCGGCGGAGCUGAUGGACGAGCUCGUGGAGGAGAUCCUCCUCCGCAUCCCGCCAGACGACCCCACGCGCCUCCUCCGCGCCGCGCUCGUCUGCAAGCGCUGGUGCCGCAUCGUCUCCGCCGCCGGCUUCCGCCUCCGAUUCCGCAACGGCAAUGGCAAUGGCGGGACAUUUGCCCAUGUCUACUCAUCGGAGGCUGCUGCAUGGAGCAAGCGAAUCUCUGCGCAGCACCUCCACGAGGAUAUCCGUUCGCUGCCAAGUGCCCUCGCAGGGAAUGCGCUCUACUUCGUGUGUAGCACAAUUAUCCUCAAGUAUGACCUUGCUGCUCGAGAAAUGUCUGUGAUUCACUUGCCAGGAGAAUGCUUCUUUAGAGGCCCAUUGUAGUUCGAACAACAGAGGACGGUGGACUGGGACUCGCCAGCAUCCGCUCACAUCGACUAUACCUCCACGAAUGGUCAAUCGAGGAUGCAGGAUGGGUACAAAGCAAAGUCAUUAAGCUUACAAAAUUACUUCCUGAUGAAACCUUAGGCUCACUUCGGCUGACUGGCUUUGCACACGGCCUUGAUAUUAUUCUUGUGGCGGCAAUUGAGAGGACUUUCACUAUUGACCUGAAGUCUCUCCAGGUCACAAAGGUCUGUGAAGAAGGUUGGUGCUAUGGCAUUUUCCCCUACAUGAGCUUCUGCAAUCCAGGUAGUAGACAUUGGGAGCGGCUUCCUCUGCCAAGUGAUCAAGAACAAGCACCUCAAAUGUCUGAUGAACAUGAUAUUCUCCACUGAGGACACCUUGUCAAUUAAGGUUUAAAGGGGCCAUUGUAAUGAUUAGUAAUGUAUUUUUUAAGGCGAGACAACUGUUUAGCAUGAGUUCGACGACUAGACAUGGUUGCUGGCUGUCAGGUUCUACAUUUUGUGCAAGGGAUCACAUCUUAUGUCUCUGUGAAGUUUGCUUGGGCUUGUCUGCUAAGCUGACCUUGUGUAUGUAUUAUUCUACUCCACGUGUACGGAGUAUUCCUUAACAGUAGCUUUAAUGAAAUGCUCUGAAUGGUUGAAUA